UAUAUGUUGGAGUACAGUCUAGAAAAGGAUAAGUGAGUGGAAAAAGUCAUACAAGUACAGCUUUGAAACUUGAAAGUAGUCUGUUCAAUAAGGCAAGAGGAAUAACAGAAAAGAUUGCCCAGAACAAUGUGGAAACAUGCAGAUUCCGUAUCCAUUUGGAAUCGGUACCAAUUGUUCGUACGAUGGGUCUUACGAGAUCAUUUGUGAUGCUUCAUUUGGUACCCCAAAACCAUUCUUGCACAAGUUCAAUCUUGAAGUGAUAGAUAUAAAUUGGGUGGGUAAGAACCAUAGACUGAAUACUGGGAUGGAACGCCAGCAAAUAUUAACAGUCAAGACUGUGCUCCAGGAUGUGUGCAAGUCAAAAUCUAGUAUCGACUUUCGUGGAAGUCCAUAUCGUUUUUCGACUUGGUUUAAUACUCUUGUGGUAGAUGGCUGUGGUGGCAGUGUUGUGUUGAAGAAUAAGAGCAGUAAUGUCUUGACUGGGUGCGCUUCCGUCUGUGGAAAUGACACUGCUAACGAAUGCUAUGGGAUCGGGUGUUGUCAAGCCUCUUUUAUUACAUAUAAUAGAAUUGGUGGUUACAAUUACAUGCUCGAGAGACAGAAAGGUCUAGAGUUGUAUGAGUUAGAGGUUGAUUAUGAAUCAGAUUCUUCUGCUUGUGAUAUAAGAGUAGGAUUAAUCGACAGCCGCUCAGCGAACAAGUCUGUGCAGAGUACAGUCCCAAUGGUAUUGGAAUGGAUUGGUCCAGAUUCAUAUGUGAAUUCCAACAUCUACAUAAGUUAUGACAAUUUUACUUGUUCUGUUGAUGGGACAUGUAUGUGCUACUAUUUAACUGAAGGAAACCCUUAUCUUCCCAAUGGAUGCCAAGUUAUGAAGGAAUGUAGGAAAUGCCCAAAUCGAUGCAAUUUUGAUACAGCAGGUCUACGUCGUUAUUAUUACUGUGAGAAGAAUCCAUUACUUAAAUGGGGAUCUGUACUUGGAUUCAGCUUAGGAUUGGGAUUUAUGGUAAUGGUCAUAGGUUGCUAUUGGCUCUAUAGAGUAAUAAAGAGAAAGAAAGAAGCUAAGCGCAAAUCUGAUUACUUUAAGAGGAAUGGGGGCUUGUUGUUGCAACAACAAAUAGGUUCCAUUGAGGGUAAUACCCAAAAAACAAAAAUUUUUCCGAUCACAGAGCUGGAGAAGGCAACCGACAACUUCAACAAAAACCGAAUCCUUGGGCAAGGUGGCCAAGGCACAGUUUAUAAGGGAAUGUUAAAGGAUGGUAGAAUAGUUGCCAUUAAGAAGUCUAAGAAAGUAGACGAGAGUCAAUUAGAACAAUUUGUCAAUGAAGUUGUUAUUCUGUCUCAAAUUAAUCAUCGGAAUGUGGUGAAGUUGCUAGGUUGUUGUUUAGAGACAGAAGUCCCUUUGCUUUUGUACGAGUUUGUUCAAAAUGGAACACUUUAUGAGCAUAUCCAUGUCGGAAGUGAAGAUUUUCAUGUUACUUGGAAAAUGCGUUUACAAAUGGCUGCAGAAUCAGCGGAUGCAAUAGCAUACCUGCAUUCAUCUUCAUCGUCUCCUAUAUAUCAUAGAGAUAUCAAGUCCGCAAAUAUACUCCUAGAUUCCAAAUACAGAGCAAAAGUGUCCGAUUUUGGUACCUCAAAAUCCAUUGAAAUAGAGCAAACUCAUGUGACUACUUGUGUAAUCGGUACUUAUGGUUAUCUCGAUCCUGAGUACUUUCAGUCGAAUCAAUUCACUGCAAAAAGCGACGUUUACAGUUUUGGUGUAGUCCUUGUUGAGCUUAUCACCGGCAAAAAACCAAUUUGCCCAACCAAAGACGGAGGAUGGAUAAGCUUAGCAGUUGAAUUUCUUUUCCACAUGGAAAAUUCUCGUCUCUUUGAUAUUUUAGAUGCUCGAAUUUUGGAAGAGGGAAAUGAAGAAGAAUUUUUUGCCUUUGCUAAGCUUGCAAGACAAUGCUUGAAGAUGAACGGGAAAGAAAGGCCUACUAUGAGAGAAGUCGCGAUGGUACUAGAUGAGAUUAGAUCAUCUUCACAUGUGCCCGAUACAAGAGAAUCCGAUUCUAUGGCUGGCAAGGGAGUUUUCAUGGCAACAAGCAGUGAUAAGCAUAUGCGUUCGUCAACUAUAAAUAUGUUCUUCUCGAAUGAUGGCUCAAGAGCUUCCUCAAUUGAAGACCAACAAUAUUUUGCACACACCUUAUGAUGCUUGAAAUGCAUGAAAUAUUUCUUUGUGAACAAUUUGUAUAAUUAAUUUCUUUAUGAAAAAAUGGUAUUAAGCAUAGUUCGUUGGUUUCAGAUUAUAAUGUUAUUUUUACAAAUUUUAAACUUUUCGAGAAAUCUUUCAUCAAUGGUUUCGAAUGACUGAUAUGUUCUAAUCUUAUCGUUCUUGGUUACAUAGGAGGAACUAACUUGCAUGAACAUUGAUAUAUGUAACCUCUCUUAUAGACGAUAAACAAUUAAAUAUACGAAAAAAAUUAAUCUCUUUU